CCCCCCCCCCGCGCCACGUUUUCUGUUGCAUAAACCAAAGAAAACGGGAAAGCGUGGUUGCCUCCUUUCAUCACAUUUCCAAGAUGGCGGCGCUGAUGAUGAUUAUGGUGAUGCUUUGUGAAGGGUCCUUCACAUUUUCUGCUGGUGCUUCUGCUCCUCCUGCCGGCCUGCCACAGGACUCCCAGCGCCUCCUAGGACACACCAAGGAUCCCACACUACCUCUAGGACUCCCCAAGGACUCCCAAUGGCUGGCAAAGGAUCCCCAGGAGUCCUCUCAGGUGCUAGGACUUUCUCAGGACUCCACACGGGAUAUAGGACUCCUCCCAUGGCGUGUAGGACUCUCAAAGGACUCCUCAGAGGUAUUAUUAGAAUUGUCACAGGAUUCCUCACGCCAUCCUGAGAUCCUACAAAACUCUCAGCAGUCUCUAACUCACUCUGUAGGACCCUCAUCUGGCUCCUCGGAAGUCCUACAGAAGUCCCCACGGCAUAUAGGACAUCCAAAGCAUCUCAAACGCCAUGCAGGACUCACAAAGGAUAUUCCACAGGACUUCCCACAGCCACUAGGACUUUCACAGAGCACUCCACACCAUUCGGCACUCCUACAGGACUCCUCAGAAUUCCUAGGACCACCACAGGACUCCACCCCCGAUAUAGAACUCCUUGAGGAUCCCCCACCACGUGCCCUAGGACUCUCGCAGGACUUCCCAAGAGCAUUAGGACUAUCACAAAGCACUCCACAUAACUCGGUUUUCCUACAGGAUUCCCCACAUAUCCUAGGACCCUCACAGGACUCCACACCCGAUACGGAACUCCUUCAGGAAUCGCCACGUGCUCUUGGACUCUCACAGGACUCCCCACCAGAUGUAGAAGUCCUUAAAAAACCUCCCCCACGCGCCCUAGGACUCUCGCAGGACCCCCCGCCGCGCCUCCUGGGCCUGGCGAAGGAUCUGUACUUUAGCCGCGAGCCGCCCCGCCACCUCUACUUCACCAACACGUCCGGGGCGGUGGUGGACUGCGUGGCCGAGGGAGUGCCGCCCCCCACGGUGUCCUGGACGCAAGGGGAAGACCGACCCAUGGACCAGGUCUCAAGUCCCCUGGUGAAAGUAGCGUCGAACGGCUCCCUCAUCUUCACUCCCUUCCCUGCCGGACAUUACGACGCCAGGGUCCACGCGUCCGUCUACACCUGUCGCGCCUCCAACCCUGCCGGCACCCUGCUCGCCACACCUACCAUCGCCCGGGCAGUGGUGGUUGCCGACUUCGAGGUGCAGGUGUACGACCGGCUGGUGAUGGCGGGCAACACGGGCGUCCUUCACUGCGUGGUGCCCUCCUACCUGCGCGAGUUCGUCAGCGUCACCUCCUGGCUGCUGGGCGACCACCUCCACGUGUACCCAUCGCUGCACGGGGACGGGAAGUACCACAUGACGGAGGCGGGCGACCUUCACGUCCUGAGAGUGAGCCCCGUGGACGGCCGCUCAAGGUUCAGGUGUCGGGUCCUGCACAAGCUGACCGGAGCAUCACACUUGUCCCAGAGCCCCGCCAGGAUCAUCGUAACGGAGGCAGAGGGGGGCGUGGCUCCUCAGAUGGGUGAGCGCGGGGGGCGUCAGGUGGCGGCGGCGGGCCAACAGGUGACCCUCCCCUGCAUGGCUCAAGGUCACCCGCCGCCAGAGUACACAUGGUUCAGCGGCGCGGAGGCUGUGGUGGGCGGCGGCGUGGGAGGGUUGUGGGUGGUGGGCGGGUCGCUGGUGGUGGCGCGGGCUGAGGCGGGCCACGCAGGACACUACACCUGCAUCGCCAACAACACCGCGGGUCACGCCAGGCUCUCCGUGCACCUCCUAGUCACGCUGCCGCUGUCUGUGCAGGUCAGCCCAAGGGAGGUACAGGUGGACGCAGGUGGAGGCGUGGAACUAGUCUGCCACGUGUCUGGCUCACCGGUGGAGGAGGUUCGCUGGCUGAAGGACGGGCGCAGGGUUCGAUCCGACGGGCGGGUCACCAUACGCCCGAAAGAGGUGCUACGCUUGACCAGCCUCCAGCCCACCGACGCAGGCCUAUAUCAGUGCGCGGCCUUCCAUGGCACCCACUACGCCCACGCCCACGCCCGCGUUACCCUGGGAGCGUCCCCCCCGGAGCUCCAGUACCGUUUCAUCGAGCAGACGCUUCAGCCUGGUCCAGCGGUGUCCCUCAAGUGUAUUGCCGCCGGGAGUCCCACGCCCCACGUCACCUGGACACUGGACGGCUUCCCGCUCCCACACUCCCACAGGUUGGUGAAGGGCCAGUUUGUGUCUGCCGGCGGGGAGGUGAUUAGCCACGUCAAUAUUAGCAGUGUUCAGGUCGUGGACGGGGGCACGUACAGCUGCAGCGCGGAGAACAGUGCUGGAACGGACACCCACUCCGCGCGGCUCAACGUGUACGGCCCGCCCCAGGUGCGUCCCAUGGGCCAGCUGACGGCCGUGGCGGGGCGCACCUUCACCGUCACCUGCCCCGCCGCCGGACACCCGCUCUCCGCCAUCACCUGGACCAAAGAGGGCGUGAAGCUGCCUCGCACACACCGCCAGAGGGUAUUAGGCAACGGGACACUGGUUCUUCUGCAGGUUACCCAAGGCGUGGACGAGGGCCGCUACUCCUGCACCGCCUCCGCCAGGACAGGACGCUCAGACACCCAGAACCUACAGCUGCGAGUACUGGUCCCUCCGAAGUUGGCACCGUUCAGCUUCGCGGCCAUGACUCGUGAAGGACUCCGGGCACAGGUCACUUGCAUGGUCCAGGAAGGGGAUCAGCCGGUGCGGUUUGCCUGGAGCCAGAACGGAAGACCUCUGGAUGCGCGCCUCGGGGUUCGCACUUCGCAGCUGGACGCCUUCACCUCGAUUCUAGUGGUGGAGAGAGCGUCCUCGGCCCACUCCGGGAACUACACGUGCACGGCGACCAAUGCUGCUGAUGCCACCUCGUCCACCGCUACCCUGACCGUUAGUGUGCCUCCGUCAUGGGUUGUGGAGCCGAGUGGGGGAAGCGUGGCUCUUGGCGGCUCCCUUGCGCUGCCCUGUCUGGCACGCGGCUUCCCUCGACCCACUACCACCUGGCUCACGCAGACAGCAUCGGGAGAGUUCGUGAGCGUGGCUGAGGCUGUAGGAGGCGGCAGCGGAGGAGCAGGAGGGAGCGGAGGGGGGCUUGAGCAGUGGGCGAACGGAACCCUCUUCGUGGCGCGGGCUUCGAGGGGUCACGAGGGCCGCUACCUGUGCGAGGCUGACAACGGUGUACCGCCAGGGAUCUCCAAGCUGGUGGACCUGACCGUGAAUGAGCCCCCGUGGUUCUUGUCCUCGGAGCAGCGUCAGCAGGUAAAGGUGGGCGCCGUGGCCACCCUCACCUGCCUGGCCCACGGCGACGACCCCCUCACGCUCACCUGGGCCAGAGGCGGCGACCCCCUGCCCCCCGUGCCCAGGUACCAGGUGUCAGUACGCGAGGGAACAGGAGGAGGAGGCGGAGGAGGCGAAGACAGAGGAGGAGGGAGAGAGGGAGAGCUCGUGAUACAGAACGCAAGGCUGUCGGACUCCGGAACCUUCUCCUGCACAGCCUCCAACAAGCAUGGGACUCGAAUCUCCUAUCUACAUCUACUCGUCCAAGGCACGGGCGGCGGGCGUGAGGAGCGGGUGAGCGGUCAGGACGUGCGGGCGGUGGUGUCUGGCCUGAUACCCGCAACACGAUACACCGUCAGCGUUGCGGCCGUCAACAGCGUAGGGAGAGGACGCCCGUCACCCCCCCUCACCGCCACCACGCACGAGGAGGCGCCCUCUGCCCCCCCUCAGAACGUGAAGGUGGUCGCAGUCUCCCCUACGGCACUACGGGUGACCUGGGAUCCCCCGCCCCCGAACUCCACCCACGGGACGCUCCUCGGGUACCAGCUGGGCAUCAAAACACACAGCAAGGGUGAGGGGGGUACCUACAACUUCACCAGCGUGGGGGGCGUGGGGGUGGCGGGCAGCACGCGGGUGGGGGGGCUGCGUCCUCACUCAGUGUACCUGGUGGUGGUGCGCGCUCACAACUCCAAGGGCGCCGGACCACCCUCGCCACACGUCCGCGCCGCCACGCUUCAAGACAACAUAGACAUAUAG